AUGUGGUUGUUAUUUGGCCUGGUCGUCACUGCGGGUUUAAUCGUCGACCAGAUCUGUGGAGCACAUUUUGUGAGUUGUGGGAAGACAGUGAGGGGCGCCAUUUUCGCCAGUGCUGGAUGGAUUGGUUUGGCCCUAUCCUUUGGGCUUCUGAUUUGUGUUACCAAGGGUGGUGAAGCGGGCAUUCUCUUUCUAACCGGCUACCUUGUGGAGGAAAGCCUCAGUGUGGAUAACUUGGUGGUCAUUGCCUUAAUUUUUCAGAGCUUCCGCAUCAAGGCACAAAACCAAGGCCCUGUGUUGAAAUGGGGCAUCCUGGGCGCCAUUGUCUUCAGAUUAGUUUUUGUACUUGCCGGAGUUUGGCUGCUGGAACAUAUGCACAGCAUGAUCUACAUCUUUGGAGCUUUACUCCUGUGGUCGGCUUGGAAAAUGUACAGCGAGGAGGAAGAACAAGACAUGGGUUUGGAGACGCAUACAGCUGGCAGUUCUUGGAUGAUGCGAAUCAUGACUUCAUUCAUACCAUACCAUGCAGAUGCGAAAGGUCACCAGUUUAUUGAGUACAUGGAUGGAAAAGCAUAUGCAACUCCAAUGUUGGCUGCGCUAGUGGUUGUUGAGCUGAGUGACCUCAUUUUUGCGGUGGACUCUAUCCCAUGUAUUCUUGGCAUUACGCAUGAUUUGUUCCUUGUAUUCAGCUCCAACAUGUUCGCAGUUCUCGGGCUGAGAUCCUUGUACUUGUUACUUGCAGAGGCAUUGGACAAAGUCCAGAAUCUGAAAGUUGGCUUGGCAGCUGUACUGGCAUUUGUCGGCUUCAAGAUGAUGCUUGGGGAUUGGUGGCCGCUUCCACAAUCAGCCUCUUUGCUCUUCAUUUUCGGCAUUUUGGGAGCCACGGUGGCAUCUGGCAUCAUGGGUUUCAAGGAUGGCAACUGGCUUGAGCAAGAGACCAGGCUGAAGUCGAUUCAUGUGGAGCCCACCUUGGGCAGCCGGAACACUGAGGAUGAGCAAUGCCGGCAAUGCCGGCAAUGUUCCGCUCUGCUCCAAGUGGACUUUUCGCAGUGCCACUGGAGGGUCAGCCUGGCCUGCCAAGGUCACCGUGCUCAGACAGUGGCUGGAAGCAGUCCGGUGUGCCAAACAAGCUCCAUCGCCGGACCGGAGCUGGAGGUGAGAGAGGAUGGUAUCAUGACCUAUGAGUGGAAGUCCGUUGUGGAGCGGGAUAGGUGUUUGGGCCGAUCCCUGACAAACUCAACGGCUGAUGAGUUCGAGCUGGUUGCAGCUGCUACUGCCCUGAUUCGAGAUCGAGAGAAGGACGGACCACCCGAAUUCGCUGCCUGGAAGAACAUUUCCGAUUGCGGCACCCAGUUGCUGAAUAGCACCGGCUCGCCCCAGAUCUUGGUGUGGCUCCUGGACGCCCUGAGUGAAGCGGAUCUUCACCCGGACGAGAGAAAACAGUUGGUGUUUCUACCUGCCUAUCGCGAACGCAUCAAUGAAACUGCGCUGGCUGGUUUCAGGAGUGCCAACAUGGAGCAUUACACACAGAUCAAUGAUGAUCAAUGUUUUACUGCCCAGGAAGCUGAAGACUUACUCUCGAAGUUCAGCAACGAUGAGUUGUGCGUUUGCUGGCGUGCCUUUGAUCGCUUGCAGCUGCUGGACCGAGCAAUGCUCUUGAAGUUUCUGGACAGCACCACUCGUCCUCUCGCAACUCUUCGCUGUCAUGGCUCCCACGCGGCGGCUCCGCCACGGUACAGCUCCUUCACGCUCUGGAAUUGGGUGGUCCAGGCACAAGGCUUUCGCAACAUGAAACAGUAUCCUGAUUCUGUAGUCAUCGCCAAGUCCGUUGCAAAACGCUUGAUGGUGGAAGAGGAGCACAGCCUUCGCGCACAAGGUAAGAGGGGCCGCUGA